GAGUUUUCCGUCCAAAAGUCGCACGCUUUUUUAAGCUUUCGAUUUCUUGAUUUGUCAUUGUAAUACUUACCUUACCUAACCUUAGUGAUAACAUACACAUAUGAUGACAUUCUCUUUAAUCCAACGAGCGACACCCUUAAGAAACUUACGUUGUGUACAAGCACGGUUAUUUGGAAGUUUGACCACAAAGAAGGUGAACCACAAGCUUUUACAACAAGUUAAAUCAAAGUUUUGCUCCACAACUAGUUCAAAUACUGUCUCAAAAGCCCAGAAACUUGUUGGAUAUUGGCUAUUAGGAUGUUCAGGUGCUGUAGCAGGUGCAGUCACACUCGGUGGAAUUACUCGGCUGACGAAAUCUGGCCUUUCAAUGACUGACUGGCAUCUGAUUCGUGGAAUGAAGCCUCCUCGAUCUCAUGAAGAAUGGAUGAGUGAAUUCGAGCGUUAUCAAAGUUUUCCUGAGUUUAAAUUAGCGAGAAGUGAUAUGACUCUGAAUGAAUUUAAAACGAUUUUUUACAUGGAAUAUUACCAUCGAAUGUAUGGACGAUUUGUUGGUUUGGCUUUUUACAUUCCAGCUGGUUAUUUUUGGUAUAAGGGUUUUUUUUCUAAAGGAAUGAAGACAAGAGCUGUGAUAUUCGGAAGCUUGAUUUUAGGCCAGGGUCUGUUGGGAUGGUACAUGGUAAAAAGUGGACUAAAUGAUCAAUCUCGGGCUAACACCAACGAACCUCGCGUCAGUCAGUAUCGGCUUGCGGCCCAUCUUGGUCUGGCUUUUACUGUGUUUUCCGGGUUAUUUUAUCAAUCUCUUGCGCACUUAUUAAAGGAAAAUCCAAUUAAAUACACAAAAGAGAUUGGAAGACUGAAAAAGUUUGCUCAUACUUCAAUGGCUUUAACAUUUGUCACGGCUAUGUCAGGAGCUUUCGUUGCUGGUUUGGAAGCCGGUCUUGUGUAUAAUUCAUUUCCAAAGUUUGCCGACCGAUGGAUUCCUUCAGAUAUAGCUGCUUUGAAUCCCUGGUGGAAGAACCUUUUUGAAAAUCCAACGACUACACAGUUCAAUCACAGAAUACUUGGUACAACGACCUUCGCAAGCGUGGCAACGGUGUUUUACUUAGCAAGACCACUGGGAUUACCUCCAAGAGCUAGAUUGGCUGCGAACUGUUUACUUGGAAUGGCUUGUGUUCAGGUCGGUUUGGGCAUCGCUACUUUGCUUUUGUAUGUCCCGACACACUUGGCUGCGUCGCAUCAAUUUGGCUCGCUUUCGUUAUUAUCUGUUGCUAUCUGGUUAAACUAUGAAUUAAAGUCGGGCAAGAUACCAAAAUAAAAACCUAGCAUUGUACACGUAAGAAUAUGAAGGUUUUGGUGUAUGACUGUUAGUAACAUAAGGAGGCUGGUACCAAAUCUACCGCGUAAUUUUUUUUUUAUUUUUGUAAAUUAUUUUGAAACGUUUCAGGACGCGCGGAUGUGUAACUAUGCAUGUUAGCUAACUACUCUGAUUGGUUAAGCGAAUAAAUAGUUAUAUAUAACUUAACUUUCCUCUAUCUCUGAGUAAUAAUUUCCGAGAACAACCAAUCACAUUGUGAAUUUUCAUCUUCUUGUAGUUUUGCGUAGGUAUACUAGGAUAUUUUCAGGACAAGAAAUUGACUGUAAUAAAAAUAUUUGUAAAUAAAAAAGAAAGACAAUUUAAACA